AUGAGCUCGACCAUCUCUGCCGCAAAGGAGCGCCUCUCGGGACUCGUCAGCCACCUCACGCCGCGCGGCAAGGCCGCCCUGACCCAGCAGAACGACGACGACGUAGUCAUCGUCUCGGCCGUGCGCACACCCAUCACCCGCGCAAAGAAGGGCGGGCUCAAGGACGCCUGUCCCGAGGACCUCCUCAAGGCCGUCUUUGAGGCGGCUGUCGACCGCGCCGGGAUCAAGAAGGAGCUCGUCGAGGAGAUCCAGGUUGGAAAUGUCCUCCCUGCCGGCGGAGGAGCCACCGUCGCCCGCAUGGCCCAGCUUGCAGCCGGUUUCCCUACGACCUCGUCCAUCGCGACCGUCAACCGCCAGUGCUCGUCUGGCCUCGUCGCGGUCAACCACAUCGCCCUCAUGAUCGCCUCGGGCCAGAUCGACGUCGGAAUCGGCGCCGGCGUCGAGAGCAUGACCCAGGGCUACGGAGCGGGCGCCAUGCCGGAGAAGAUGUCGGACGACAUCCUCGAGUGCGAGCAGGCUGCCGACUGCUUGCUCCCCAUGGGCAUCACCAGCGAGAACGUCGCGACCGAGUACAAGGUCUCGCGCGAGGCUCAGGACGAGUUCGCGGCCGAGUCGUUCCGCCGCGCCGCUGCCGCCCAAAAGGCCGGCAAGUUCAAGGACGAGAUUGUGCCGGUCAAGGUCAAGUGGACGGACCCGAAGACGGAGGAGGAGAAGGAGAUUACCGUCUCGCAGGACGAUGGGAUUCGUGAGGGCGUCACGAAGGAGUCGCUGAGCAAGCUCAAGCCCGUGUUCUCAAAGACGGGCAGCACCCACGCCGGAAACGCCUCGCAGGUCUCGGACGGCGCCGCGGCAGUCCUCCUCACCCGCCGCUCCAAGGCAAAAGAACUUGGCCUCCCGAUCCUCGCCAAGUUCGCCUGCGCGGCCAUCACCGGCGUCGAGCCCAAGCUCAUGGGUAUCGGUCCGGCGUUUGCGAUCCCCAAGGUGCUCGAGAAGGCGGGAAUCACGAAGGAUGAGGUCGACUUGUACGAGUUGAACGAGGCUUUCGCCUCCCAGGCGGUCAUGUCGAUCGAGCACAUCGGACUCGACCGCUCAAAGGUCAACCCGAACGGCGGCGCAAUUGCGAUGGGCCACCCGCUCGGCUGCACCGGCGCGCGCCAGAUCGCCACCGCUCUCGCCGAAUCCAAGCGCUCUGGCGCACGCAUCAUCUGCACGUCCAUGUGCAUCGGCAGCGGGAUGGGAAUGGCGUCGAUCAUCGUUGCCGAGAACUAG